UCUCUCUCUCUCUCUCUCUCUCUCUCUCUCUCCCUCGUUCUCGGCUAUAAAUACACAAGUCUUUGCCGAGUCUCUACAGCUGUAUUGACAUCUCAACCUGGACGACUCGCAGACCCACGCGCCGCUGCUGCCCGUACUCACUUCCUGUCACAGCGGCUGGAUUUUCACACUGCGAGGAGGUCGCUGCCUGAGGGGUUUCUUUGUUUUCUCAGUUCCUCCUGCAGAGUGUUUCUGGUUCCAGAGGAGAGUUUGUUUGACUCGAUCGAGUGUGUUUUGGAAAGAGCAGCAAUGGGAGACUUUUGGGGAGAUAUUGUCAGUCUGAGAGUUUCCAGAGCCGUGUCCCUGGGAAACGAUGAGGAGGCCGUGCUCGACCAGGGGAAGACCAGCUCCACCCUCAACACCAACUUUGAGAAGGAGGAACUGGAGAGUCACAGGGCCGUGUACGUCGGCGUGCACGUUCCUCUGGGCCGACAGAGUCGAAGACGGCACCGCCACCGAGGACACCGACAUCACCGCAAACGACGGGACCGGGAGGACCGGGAGGACGGACGAGAGUCGCCCUCAAACGACACGCCGUCUCAGAGAGUCCAGUUCAUCCUCGGGACGGAGGACGGAGACGAGGAGCACGUCCCCCACGACCUCUUCACCGAGCUGGACGAGCUCGCCUUCAGGGAUGGAGACUUCACGGAGUGGAAGGAGACCGCCAGGUGGCUGAAGUUUGAGGAGGACGUGGAGGACGGAGGUGAGCGAUGGAGUAAACCGUACGUGGCCACGCUGUCGCUCCACAGUCUCUUCGAGCUGCGGUCGUGCAUCCUGAACGGCACCGUGCUGCUCGACAUGAGAGCCAACACGAUCGAGGAGAUCGCAGAUAUGGUGAUCGACAGCAUGCUGGUGUCAGGCCAGCUGGAGGAGGACGGUCGGGAGAAGGUGAGGGAGGCCAUGUUGAGACGCCAUCACCAUCAGAAUGAGAAGAAGCUGAGCAACAGGAUCCCGCUGGUCCGCUCGUUCGCUGACAUCGGCAAGAAACACUCGGACCCUCAUCUACUGGAACGCAACGGUCUGCUGGCGUCCCCUCACUCAGCUCCGGGAAACCUCGACAACAACAAGAACGGCGAGAGUCGUAUCAACGGAGGCAGCCGAGAGAACAGCACGGUGGACUUCAGCAAGGUGGACAUGAACUUCAUGAAGAAGAUUCCUCAGGGUGCAGAGGCCUCUAACGUGCUGGUGGGUGAAGUCGACUUCCUGGAUCGACCGAUCAUCGCCUUCGUUCGUCUCGCCCCCGCCAUGCUGCUGACCGGCCUCACCGAGGUCCCCGUGCCCACCAGGUUUCUCUUCCUGCUGCUCGGCCCGUUUGGAAAAGGUCCUCAGUACCACGAGAUCGGACGCUCCAUGGCCACUCUGAUGACCGACGAGAUUUUCCACGAUGUCGCCUACAAGGCAAAGGACCGGAACGACCUGCUGUCAGGGAUCGAUGAGUUCCUGGAUCAGGUCACCGUGCUUCCUCCAGGCGAGUGGGACCCCACCAUCCGCAUCGAACCCCCAAAGAGCGUCCCGUCUCAGGAGAAGAGGAAGAUGGCGUCUGCCCCCAAUGGCUCCACCCACGGCUGUGACACAAUAAAGGAGGCGGAGCAUCAAACGGGACCAGAGCUGCAGAGAACAGGAAGGAUCUUUGGCGGUUUGGUGAACGACGUUCGGAGGAAAGCGCCGUUCUUUUGGAGCGACAUCAAAGACGCGUUCAGCCUGCAGUGUUUGGCGUCCGUCCUCUUCCUGUACUGCGCCUGCAUGUCGCCCGUCAUCACGUUCGGAGGUCUGUUGGGCGAAGCUACCAAAGGAAACAUAAGUGCCAUAGAGUCUCUGUUCGGGGCGUCUCUGACCGGCGUGGCGUACUCUGUAUUUGCUGGUCAGCCUCUCACCAUCCUCGGCAGCACGGGUCCGGUUCUGGUCUUUGAGAAGAUCCUCUUCACGUUCUGCAGCGACUACAAUCUGUCCUACCUGUCCCUGAGGACCAGCAUCGGACUCUGGACCGCCUUCCUCUGUCUGCUGCUGGUCGCCACGGACGCCAGCUCUCUGGUCUGCUACAUCACCCGCUUCACCGAGGAGGCCUUCGCCGCCCUCAUCUGCAUCAUCUUCAUCUACGAGGCGCUGGAGAAGCUGGUGCACCUGGGCGAGCUUUACCCCAUCAACAUGGACAACCAGCUGGACAACCUGACCCUCUACAGGUGUCAGUGUUCUCCGCCUGCCAACGCCUCAGAUGAAGCUCUAAACAUUUGGAGCCAGAGUAACCUGACCUCAGAGGGCAUCGAGUGGGAGCAGCUGAGCGUGAAGGAGUGUGUGGACCUCAAAGGGGUGUUUGUGGGCUCGGCCUGCAGUCCUAAAGGUCCCUUCGUCCCUGACGUCCUCUUCUGGUCCGUCAUCCUCUUCUUCACCACCUUCUUCCUCUCGUCCUUCCUCAAACAGUUCAAGACCAAGAGAUACUUCCCCACCAAGCUUCGGUCGACCAUCAGCGACUUUGCCGUCUUCCUGACCAUCAUGAUCAUGGUGUUGGUGGAUUAUCUGGUCGGAGUUCCUUCACCCAAACUAAACGUCCCAGACCGCUUUGAGCCCACAUCCAACACUCGUGGUUGGCUGAUUUCCCCGCUCGGUACGAACCCCUGGUGGACGCUGCUGGCGGCCGCCGUCCCCGCCCUGCUCUGCACCAUCCUCAUCUUCAUGGACCAGCAGAUCACGGCCGUCAUCGUCAACAGGAAGGAGAACAAACUGAAGAAAGGCUGUGGCUAUCACCUGGACCUGAUGGUCGUGGCGGUGAUGCUUGGCGUGUGCUCCAUCAUGGGUCUGCCAUGGUUCGUGGCGGCGACCGUGCUCUCCAUCUCUCACGUCAACAGUCUGAAACUGGAGUCGGAGUGCGCGGCGCCCGGCGAGCAGCCCAAGUUCCUCGGCAUCAGAGAGCAGAGAGUGACGGGCUUCAUGAUCUUCUUCCUGAUGGGCUGCUCCGUCUUCAUGACCUCCGCCCUCAAGUUCAUCCCCAUGCCCGUCCUGUACGGAGUCUUCCUCUACAUGGGAGUGUCCUCACUCAAAGGCAUCCAGCUGUUCGACCGCAUCAAACUGUUCGGCAUGCCGGCCAAACACCAGCCCGACCUGAUCUACCUGCGCUACGUCCCGCUGUGGAAGGUCCACAUCUUCACCGUGGUGCAGAUGACCUGCCUCAUCAUCCUGUGGACCAUCAAGGCGUCGUCCGCCGCCGUCGUCUUCCCCAUGAUGGUUCUGGCUCUGGUGUUCAUCAGGAAGCUUCUGGACUUCUUCUUCACAAAGAGAGAGCUGAGCUGGCUGGAUGACCUGAUACCAGAGAGCAAGAAGAAGAAAGAGGACGACAAGAAGAAGAAGGAGAAGGAGGACGCUCGGCGGAUGUUGGAGGAGGCGGAGGACGAUCAUCCGUACAACGGGAACGCCAUCGACUUCCCCAUCAAAAACCUGAAGGGGCGAGUUGACCCCUCAGAGGUCAACAUUUCAGAUGAAAUGGCGAAAAGCGGCAUCUGGAAGUCGGUGGCGAUGAACUGUGACAGCAAAGCUCUGAAACGCAGCAACAGCUCGGAGAAGCUGCCGAGCGUCCACAUUAACGUGGAGACCGACGGCGAGCGGAAAGUCGUGGACGCCGAGACAUUUCUAUGAUGCUCUGCCGCCCUCCACCACCAGGCGGCGCUGUUUCAGGAAGAGAAGGGUGAUGCUGCUGUGACUGCUGGGAUACUGUCGUCCUCCAUCUUCCUCUCCAGGUGAAAAGUCGUGGGAGGACCAAUCAGGCGUCACGUCGCUGUCAAGUCUCCCUCGGGCGGCGGUGAACGUUUUAUUUCCUCAUCGUUUUAUGAUGAAACACGGAAACACAUCCACUCAGAGCCAAAAUGGCCGAAUUGACUUCCUCAGGUUUUCUUUGGUUACGUUUGAAUCAGAUGGUCUGCUGCUGUGCUGUGAUUGGCUGCUGGAGCAUCAGAAUGACACACAGACUCGAUGGACGCCGGAUUUUUCAGACUGACGACGAAGAAGAAGAAAAAACACCUGAAGUUUAAUUUUAUCGUUUUAAAUUUUAUGUUUCUGCUUUCAGGAAACACAAGAGUUUGAAUUUAAUCCAUCAUGCUGGUGUGUGUGUGUGUGUGCGUGCGUGCGUGCGUGCGUGCGUGCGUGCGUGUGUGUGUCUCUGUGUGUGUCUCUCUG